AUGAGUUUAUUUCCUCCGGUACUAGAGGCUAUUUCUACUAGAUUUCGACAGCGACAAGCGCGAGUAUAUUUAUAUAAUGUUACUAGGCCUUUAUCACUGAGCGGUCGAGCAAGUGAAAUAAAAAAAGUUCGUAUAUGCAUAUUCCCCAACGCCUUUGUAAAUGUUGAGAUCUUCAAUGCACAUUCCACAUGCCCUUAUUCUCUAACACAAAAUUUUGGCGUAAAGUGCCUCGCAUAUUUCUCCUAUCUCUUUCCCCAACAUGAAUUGCGAGUUAGAGAGGACAUGAAUGGAGAAGUCAUCAGAGAUUUAAAAAGGCAGCGAAAUUCUAACACUAUAUUUUUUGUCAUUAUGUCUUCUUCCACAUUAUAUGAAAAUAUUUAUAAUUUUUUACUUGAUUCACCCUCAGAUCAUAUUACCGCGUUUUCUGUUAUUUUUCAACUAAUAGAUGAUGAUACGUGGUAUUCAAAAGAUAAGUUAAGAGAAAUAAUUCAUCAGGCAAUUAUAGUAGUGAAAAAGAAUUACGAUCAGACUUCGGAAAAAUAUCUGAAACUCGUUGAUAUUCCCUUGAAGUUUGAUGAUGCAUACGAAGGUGUAAGUAGUCUUCGGAGUAUUAAAGAAUCAAAACAGGAAGAACCGCUCACUAAGAACGAAAUCGAGACGAACUUGCGUGUGUUGAAAACCAAUCUUAAAAAUAGUAAGGCUCCGUACGCCCACCACUUCCGUAAAUAUUUAAAGAAGAAAAGUGCUUCAGACUUAUCAUGGCGCGUUCCACUUGCUAGUCAAGUGAUUUGUGCAGAUUCGGAAAUGGUGAGAACUUUGGAAGUAGAUGCAUAUAACUUUUUUAUGGAUCCGGCGGAGCGUAUGAAAGUAACUGCUCCAGACCUUGUCAAAAAUAAUUGUGAUUCCUUCGUUUUGAAUUUCAUAGACAGUAUUACAGAUGUCCCAAAUAAUAGACUUUUACAUGAUAAAAGUUGGAAAGAAUCUAACGAAAAACUAGCAAAAGUUACGUUAGGUAUACUCGAUAUCUUGUGA